AUGAAUUUUUUGCAGCCAUCGCUUGUGGACAGCAACACUGUGUGGGCGCGCGCCCGAGCUGAAGAGCUGGGCUACACGUCUGGGGACAAGGGGGUUACCUCGCAGCAGAUCCUCGCGGAGAUGGCGGCCGAAGACUUCGAUGAGCCCGAGCUGCCUGAUCAGCUGCAAGCACAUACCGAGUUCUUGAUGCGCGCCUACAUCAAAGAGAAGACGCGCACAGCGCACGUACGCAUUGCGAAGGCGUUCAUCGCCUUUCAAGUCGCUCGUGACCCUUCGUUCAGGCCCGAGGUGGUGGAUGACCAAACACCACAAAGGAUCAACCAGUUCAUCACGUUCAAGAGGGGACUUCCUACGCGGUCGCGGGCAGUGGCGGAAUUCAUGGUCGGCUUGGAAAAGACAAAAGCUGCAGCGGGAGAAGUCUUGCAGUCCGCGCGCGCACUCACACUUGACGACAUGCACAGGCUCUUUGACUUGUGCAUCGUGCAGCCCCACCAGUCCAAAAAACAGGAUGCGCUUGCCAGCCAACGCAAGGGAGUCAUCCGAUAUACCGCCUACCUCCUCGCCUGGCUUCUAGUCCUCCAAAUGUCCGAGGCAGAAUCGAGCCAGUGA